CGGUGGUGCGCGCCAUGGGGCUGGAGGAGCCCGACCUGUACCGGGACACGUGGGUCCGAUACCUGGGUUACGCCAACGAAGUGGGUGAGUCCUUCCGCCCACUGGUGCCAGUGCCGGUGGUGUGGGCCAGCUACGGCGUGGCCACUGCCUACGUGACCGCUGAUGCCAUCGACAAGGGUCGGAAAGCCGCCACCGCCCACCCCCAGGACCCCACACGUGUGGGGGUGGCCGUGGUGGACACCUUCGUGUGGCAGAGCCUGGCCUCGGUGGCCAUCCCCGGCUUCACCAUCAACCGGCUCUGCGCUGCCUCACUGGCCCUGCUGGGGUCUCUCACCCGCUGGCCUCUGCCCGUGCGCCGCUGGACCACCACUGCCCUGGGGCUGGCUGCCAUCCCCCUCAUCAUCACCCCCAUCGACAGGACUGUGGAUUUCCUGAUGGAUUCCAGCCUCCGCAAGCUUUACAGGACACCAGGAGAGCCCCCAACUUCGCACUGA